AUGAAACCUAAUUAAAAAGUGUUUGAACAUCUUAAAACAUAUGAUUAUUAUUUGCCUAUCCAUUUAGAAUUUGUUUAGAAAUUGUAUAUUAAUCUUAAUAUUGAAGGUUUUAUGAAUAAAUGGUUGAUAAUUUAGGAUUAAGUGAAGGUUUUAGAACUUCAUUUUUGAGUUAGAUUUCUAAAAUUGGUUAAUUUGCUCAUCAUGAAUCAUAAUUUAGAUAACUAAUCAAAGAUUCAUGGAUAGGUUUCUUUACUAAGAUUUCAUUGAAUUCAAUAUGUAUUAUGAUAGAUGGAUAAGAAUUAAAAGAAGUACGUGAAUAUAUUGUAAAUGUUAUGAUUGAACCAAAAAAGUAUGAAAUCAUUUAUGUUGAUGAACUACUAUAAAUAUAUGAAUACUAUUUAUAAGAGGUAUAUAUACAUAUCAAUAUAUUCUAUAGAAAAGAUAUAUUAAUAAUAUUGUUAAUAGGACAAAAUUUAGAAUGAUUUUAAGUAAAUUAAUUUGUAGUAAAUUUAUUCUAACUUAAGAUGAAAAGUAUUAACCAUAAAUUAAACAAUUUUUAUUUGAACUCUAUAUUAAGAAAAUUGAAAAAAUCCAUGAAAAAGAAAGAAUUCAAUUAGAAGAUAUGACUAAAACUAAUAUAUUUCCCAUCAUAUUCGAAUUACUAUUUGAUUAAAAUGAAGGAUAAGGAAGUAUAUUUAAUCAUCUCAAACAAAUCAUUUUGAUAUUACUUGAUGAAUAAUCAAACAUUCUUAUUUCCUUUCAAAUUUUAAAAAAUUUCUACUAAAUGUUUUUAGAAAAAGAAAAAAUCCUUUUUGAAAGAAUAGAUCCAAAAAUGAACAUUGAUCAUAAUCGUAUUGCUUUAGAAUUACAUUUAAGAUAUAAAGAAAAAAAAGAUUUAAAAGAAGCUUUAAAAUAUAUAGUUCAUAAAUCAACAUAAACUAUUGAUUAUAAAUAACUACUCAAAGAAUUAGUUACUAAAGAUAUUUAUUCAAAAGAAAAUGAAUAAAACUUUUUCCCACUUCUAAAAGAAUUCGAUUUUAAUAAUUUAUAAAAAAAUCGUAGACAAUAACCUAUUGACAAUGAUCUUAUUUAAUAAAUUAAAAUUAUGGGAUUUAAUAAAUUGGAUAAAAGAAAUGAAAUUGAAUUUGAUAAUCUCAAUUUUUAAAUCAAUUUAAUAGAUACUAAUAAUAUUGUUGUAAUUAAUAAAAAAAAUAAAUAAAAAACAAGGUGUUCAAGUAUUAAAGAACUUCAUCUAUUUAUGUAAAAUUGUUAUAUUUGA